AUGGGGCCCGUUAUUAAAGCUAUCCAACGAAAAGAGAAAAGGAAAAUGUUACGUGAUUUAAAAAAAGCAAAGAGUAUUGCUUUUACCCAAAGGAAAAAGAUUCCAACUUUAGAAGAUCUACAGCUUAAGAAACAGGAAGAGCUGCAAAAAGAGAAAGAAAGGAAAAAGAAGAAUGCAUUAAGAAAUAAACAAAGGAAAUUGGCAAGGCUCAAAGCUGAAGAGGAAAAGAAAAAAAAGGAAUUUGGAAAUUACAAUGAUGAUGAUGAUGAUGAAGCAGAUGAAGAGAGUGAACACAAUGCACGUAGACUGUACUAUCUGAAUGCCAUUAAGGAAGAUGAAAAGACAAUAAAAGAAUUGGAGAAAAAAUUGAAAAUUAAGAAGAGUUCAAAGAAUCUACCAAAAUCCUUCCUUGCUGAUGGAUUAGAUUAUAUACUCAACUUUACAGGAGAUAGUGAAUUUAGUGAUGCCCCCAUUGAUGCAGUUACUUAUGAUGACUCUGGCUCUGAUCAGUCUGAUGAAGACCAAUCAGAAGGUGAAGACUCGGGCAUGGAGGCUGUAGCAAGUGAUGGCUCUUUAGAUGAUAAUCCUCUCUCAGAGGAGGCAGGAGAAGGAGAGACUGAUGAGGAUUUUUGUGAUGAAACUUCAGAAGGGAUUGAGAAACUAACCAAGCCCAUCUUAAAACGCAAAACAGACUCUUUCAAGAACCAAGAAAAGGAACUGAAAAUAAACAAGAAAGUAAAAUGGGAGUCUCUCUCAGAUUCUCCACCUGCUGCUUCAGCUGGCACCAGAGAAGCUGAGUCUUUGCUAUCCAAUAAGGUGAAACUUCAAGAAGAUAUUUAUGGGCGUCUUCGAGAUACAGAGGGUAAUAUUGUAACACAGGCACAGACAAGUAGCUAUGUCCCACCUGCGCUGAGAAAAAUGCCCACUAAUAACCAAACUGAUGAACGUAUUAGCAAACAGAUUAAAGGUAUUAUCAACAGAGUCAAUGAAUCAAACAUGGCUAUCAUGUGUGAACAACUAGAAGAAUUGUAUAAUCAUAAUAGUCGGGCUGGUCUCAACAGUGCUUUGUUGUCAGCUAUCUGCAGUACGGCCAUUCAACAUGAAAACACUCUUGACAGACUCCUCUUGGAAUUGGCUGUCCUGAUCACAAUUAUUCAUUGUAACAUUGGUCAAGAAAUUGGCGCUUAUUUCGUUCAGGAAUUAGUGGAUAAACUCCAGGACCAUCGACAUCAAAAACAAGGGAAAGAACUCAACAAUAUUAUGACUUUGUUGUGUUGUAUGUAUAACUUCAAAGUUUUUCAUUGUUCCCUUAUCUUUGACCUUAUGAAACUUUUCAUUGAAAACUUUCAAGAAAAAGAUGUUGAGGUCCUGUCUAUUGUUUUCAAGUUUAGUGGAUUUGAAUUGCGUAAGGAUGACCCGAGUGAACUGAAAGAUGUGAUCUUAAGCAUUCAACGAAAAUCAUCCACAGUCGACACCUCAACAUUUGAAGAACCUGGUCGUAUGAGAUAUAUUUUGGACACCAUGCUGGCUGUGAAGAACAAUAAUGUUCAGAAGGGUGACCACCAAGACCGUGUAGAUCUUUUAUUACGACUCAAAAAAUUGACCAGCAGACUGAUCAGAGGUCAGAACCUUGAAGAAAAUCAGUUACGUGUUCGGCUUGAUGACCUACAAAAUGCUGAGACCAAAGGCCGAUGGUGGAUUGUUGGGUCAGCUUGGAAGGGAAAUGAAGACACCAAAAACCUGCAGCCAGUAAGUCCUUCAAAAGUGGCAAAGCACCAAGGCAAAAUCAGCCAGGAAUUACAGGAGCUUGCUCGCAAGCAACGCAUGAACACAGAUGUCAGACGAAGCAUUUUCUUUACACUCAUGACUAGCGAGGAUUUUGUUGAAGCCUUUGAAUCUCUCUUGGAAUUGAAAUUGAAACCGCUACAAGAAAGGGAGAUAAUCCAUGUGACAAUUGAUUGCUGUGUUCAAGAGGAUGAUUACAAUCCCUAUUAUGCACAUUUGCUGCAGAAAUUCUGUGAAUUACAUAGACGCUUUCAGAUGACAUUCCAAUUCAAUAUGUGGGAUAAAUUCAAGGAUAUUAACACUUUAUCUAAUGGAGCCAUAUUUAAUUUGGCCCAACUGAUUACUCAUCUGAUCACCACCAAGGCAUUGUCUCUUGCUUUGUUCAAGGUUGUUGAAUUUGGUGCUUUAAACAAGCAAAUGGUGCGCUUUCUGAAGCAGGUCCUGAUGACAAUUUUUGAGAAGUCUCCAAGUCAUGUCAUAGAUCAGGUUUUUGAACGUGUCUCAUGUCAGACCAACUUGUACAAAUUCCCAAUCAAUGCCUGCAAUCAGUUUCUUCUUUCUCUCGUCUGUGACUCUUGUGGCCAAUUCAACGCUGCAGUCAACUGUCUUUUUCCUCACUAA